AUGGCUGAGAAUGCAGGCAAUCCGCCAGCUACGACAUCCUCCUCAUCUCCGCCUCCGCCUACUUCUAUGGACUCUGAUCAUGUCAACUUACAAUUGGCAUAUAUGGUUACGGGAAAUCCCAGACCAACCCAUUCGCUCGGGCGGAUCGCUCUCACUACUACCGUUGCAUCACUCAGGGACCGAAUUCAAUCCGAGUUGCCCGAGCAUCCAUCUCCGCAGUCACAACGUCUCAUCUAUCGGGGCCAUGCAUUGAUGCGGGAUGAGGCCACGUUGAGGCAAGUUCUGAGAUUAGAAAAUGGUAGCCCUUCUGGGCCUCUACCCUAUACAAUUCAAAUCAUCAUCAAUUCAAGCCAACCUCCUGCUCCUGCUGCUAUUCCUCAGCCACCAGUGACAGCCAGUUUUGUCAAUGCCCCGCGUACUGCAACUCCUCCGGUAACGAGGUCGGCACCCAAUCUCAAUUCGAUUGCUGCGAUUCAUGCCCAGAACCAUGCUCAAGCACAUGCACAAGCCCACGCUCAGGCUCAUGCCCAGGCUCACUAUGCCGGAUUGCAGGAGGCCAUCUCUCGCAUUCAACAGUCCAUCGAAACCAAUGGAGCAGACCUUCGGUCUGUUCAGCAAAGAAUAGCAAUGCAACAUCAUAAUCUGGGUGCUCCAACGCCCAGUCAGCAGAGUCAACCCAGAAAUCCAGCACAUGCUGGGGGCACAUUACCAACGGCCGCAUCGCCAGCACCACCCUCGGUGCCAGUAGCAGCACCCUUCCAAACCAAUCAACCCGGGGUUCCCAUACCUCUCCAUCCAACUCAAUUGCCUGCUGCCCUUCCUCCCAAUGUACCGCCUUUUGAGCUGCACGCCGCUCUCAAUGCUCCCGGGCGGGGUCUUGACCCUCUCCAGCAACAUGGUAUACCGGGUUUCUCGCAAAUCAUAGGAGGUCUUCACCCUCCUCAAUUGCCCGGCCAGAUCAACCCCAACCCACCUACCCAUACUAUGGCUCCUGGCAUUACCCCAUCUAACCCACAAAUUCAAACGAUGCAAGGUCCCAACGGGGAGCGUAUGACAGUCAUCAGCGAUCAAGUAUCCUUCCGAAUUCCCAUUCAACGGCCUGCUUCUGCGCCAGGUCAAGCGCCACCCAGAAAUCAACAAAAUCGAAGCCCUAUCCCCAUCCUACAACCCAACAAUCUUGCAGAGAGAACUAUGCCCCAGGUUCAACAGCAGCCCGCCCUUCUACCCUCUUUACCAUUUCACUUACCGAUGCCCUUCUCUUCUACACACACGAUGCAACCCCAGCCAGCGAGACCUACCGCAUGGAUUCUGUCAUCUCCAGCUGGUCCGCAAGCCUUCUUGUUCUCUCCGAACCAUGGCUACUUCUCUUCCACCAACCCGAUCGCUCCUUCCGUCAAUGCCGUGUCACAACCCAGCUCUACAGCUACUCAAGCCAAUGCGAGUGACGCCACCCAAGCCACGAACUCCACAGCAGCAGUAGCCGGGAUUACUGGUGAGCCUGCUCAGAUUAAUGACAAUCCGAAUCGGGCCUUGAUUCCUCAAGAACCAAGGGCUGGAGCAGCAGUUGCUCAAGCUCCACAGAACCCCCAGGACAAUGAUCUCUUUGCUCUCAUUAUUCAACGCGGUUGGCUAUUUCUUAGACUGUAUCUAUUUAUGUUUGUCUUUUCCGAUCAAGGCACCUGGAAACGUUGGCUCAUGAUUGUCCUUGCCGCCGUUAUAUGCCUUCAGCCUAGAGAUGGGCCUUUGACACGCGGUCUUGCGGCGGCUCGUCAAUAUUUUGACAAUCUCAUCGGUCCGGCCACACCUCGUCCACAACCCGAGGCUGCGCAAAGACGUCCAGACCGAGGCGGACAAAGAGGUGCCGAGGUCGAGCAGGGCAAUCAAAGACCAGCCAAUGUUCGUGGUGCCGUUCAGAUGACACCAGAAGAGGCUGCUGCUCGUCUGAUACGGGAACACCAAACCCAAAAUCCCAGCAUUUGGAGAGAAGCUUUCCAUCGUGUUGAACACAGUGUAGCCUUGUUCCUGGCGAGUUUGAUACCAGGAGUGGGUGAACGCCAUGUUAGGGCUAGAGAAGAGGCAAGACGGUUGGCUCAGCAGCUAGAAGAUGAGGAAAGACAGCGAGCAGAGGAGGCGGCGGCGACAGUGCCGACACAGCCUGAGGAUAACCACGGUGCUCCGUCUGUUGAGCCAUCAGACACGAACGUGACAAAUUCAGAACCCAAGGUGGAAAGGCCCAACGACCCAGGGACUUCAAGUGGAGUCGAACUACGGGAAGCCACAGCAGCAGGAGGAGAACUGCGCAAUAGGCCAACAUGA